AUGAAUCUAAUGGUGACGGGAUCUGCCGCUUCUUAUUCCUUAAAGUUUGGCAAUUCUGUGACUGAAUUGCUAGGAAUAGGGUUUGGUGCCGGCGCCGGUGUGUUAUUGGGCGCUUUAGUUAGUAUAUCUAUUUCAGGAGGUCAUCUCAAUCCUAUUGUGACCACUGCGCUGGCAAUCACUCGUGGCUUUGAUUAUAGGAAAGUGAUGUGUUAUGUGACGGCCCAAUAUUUGGGUGCAUUUAGUGCCACAGCACUGGUAUUCGCCAAUUAUUACAAUGCCAUCAAUGCAUUUGACGGGGGAAUUAGGUCUGGUUUUGGCGAGAACACCAGCACUGGUAUGAUAUUCACAACAUUCCCCAAUCCAAGCGCUAGUAUUUAUGGUGUACUCUUAGAUCAGAUUAUCUGCGCUUCACUGGUAAUGAUGGCAGUGUUGACAGUAAUGGAUGACACAAAUCUUCAAAUACCUAAAUAUUUAAUACCAGUCCUCAUAAGUAUAAUCAUAUGCGGAGUCAUUGUCUCAUUUGGUUUCAAUUGUGGCGCUGCUCUAAACCCUGCGCGUGACCUGUCGGCCCGCGUUUUCCUAUUACUUGUCGGUUAUGGCGAUGAUGUCUUCCUGCCCCUCAAUGGCCUGUAUUGGCUCAUUGGGGGCAUUAUUGGACCCCAUUUGGGUGCACUCGUCGGAUCUGUCAUCUACCUAAUGCUCAUUGACAUACAGCACAAAACUUGUGAACACAUUGUAGAUGACAGAUCCGACGAGUGCACCCAAAUGGGGUCCAAUAAUGCCCCCAAUGAGCCAAUACAGGCCAUUGAGGGGCAGGAAGACAUCAUCGCCAUAACCGACAAGUAA